GUAAAAAAAUCUUUGAAGGAUAUUACAAGGGCCAUCCACAUGAGACCUGACAUGCAUCAUUACUACAGUUACAGGGGUCAGUAUUUACUGGAACUUGGUAACCAUGACCUGGCAGCUUUUUGUGUGCAUCACUCCGCACAAAUGAGUUUGGAUAACUCCUCUGAUGCUUUUGGAGAAUCGCCUACCCAGCAGGCAGUGGUGCAGACUUUCCUGAAAAAUUAUGAUAAGGCUAUUGAGGUCCUGAACCUGGCAACCAGAACAAAGCCAAUUGCUCCUUAUUUCAUGCUUCUGGCAAGAACUCACAUGAAGGCCAUGCAGUUUCAAGAAGCAGUCAACAGUUUUAAAGCAGCACUUGACAAAAUGAAACCCUGGCAGGCAGGGGAGUCGUGGCCACCAGAGACAGCCGAUGCCCAUUACCUAACUGGUUUGUGCUACAUGGAGCUAGGCAGCUACAGUGAAGCUCUUCAGCAUUUCAACCUGGCCAUCAAAUUUAAUCCAUCAUGUGCUGAUGCUUACUUCCAGCGAGGUCUGGCUUGUGUCAGGUUGCACAAUAUGAAGGGAAUACUUGACUUCAACAGAGCAUUGGUACUGGACCCCAAGAUGUUUCAGGCAUAUCUCAGCAGAGCUUGCUAUUAUGGAAUGAAAAGGAAAUACGCCAAGGCCAUCUUGAAUUGUAAUGAGGCCAUCAAACUGCAACCUGAGAGUUUAAGAGCUUACCUUUAUAGGGGAUCCCUAAAAUAUCAUAUCAAAGCAUAUGAGCUGGCCCUACUGGAUUUAACCAAAGCUGCAUCUAUUGACUCUCAGUGUGCUUUACCUUAUUUCAAUCGAGCAGUUUGCUACCACGAGACUGGGCAGUUUGACAGAGCUUUGACUGAUUACAGUAUUGUUUUGAUGCUUGGAGGCAUGCUUGAGUUGAAGGUGCUGAUAAACCGGGCAUUGCUGUAUUUUGAAAGACAAGACUACAUGAAUGCCUUGUUUGACUUGCAAGCUGCUGCCAAACUCAGCCCUCAAGAUCAUAGAGUUCUCCACACUCUUGGCCUUUGUUUCCAUAAGCUGAACCAAUUGCGUAAGGCUGUAGCAGUUUUCACCAGAUGCCUGGAGCUAAAGCCCUUUUUCCUUGAUGGAUUCAUUGCCAGAGGAAAUCGGGAUUAUCAGCGAGUACUGCAUCUUGAUCCUAUGUGUUUGCCAGCACGUGUCAACUUGGCAUAUGCAAUGCAAGUGUCUGGCAAAAUGAUGCAAGCCUGGAAGCAUUUCACUUCUGUUAUUGAAGUCAGGCCAGGCUAUAAACCUGCACUGGAAGGCAGAGCAAUAGUAAACCUUCAGAUGAGUAACAUGUUCGGGGCUUUCCAGGAUAUCAGUCAGUCAGUCAACUAUGGACCAACUGCUGAACUGCUGACAAACAGGGGAGUCAUUAGCCAGUUCAUGGGAGACAUAUCUAUGGCCAUGCAAGAUUACCAGAGAGCCAUCAAGCUAGACCCUACCUACUCACUGGCCUACUUUAAUGCUGGAAAUGUCUACUUUUAUCACAGACAUUUUAAACAGGCCUUGGAUUAUUACACAAAGGCUGUAAAAUACAACCCAAAGGAUGAAUCUGCUUUUCUCAAUCGUGCCAUUACUAAGGUACUGCUGCAUGACACCAAAGGAGCUUUGAAAGAUUUUGCUGUGGCUGUGAAGCUUAGCCCACUCUCUGCCCACAUCUAUUUCAAUAGGGCCAACUUGUAUGCUUCUCUUCAACAGUAUGACAAAGCAGAACAGGAAUAUACCAGAGCUCUGGAGCUUAAACCAGAUGAUGCUUUAAUGUUAAAGAAAAGAGCGGAUGUCAGGGGCAAACUUGGAAAACAAGCAGAUGCCAUAGAAGAUUAUAAAAGAGCUGUGGAUAUUCAGACAAGACCCCAUAAAUUAAUUAAAGCAUAA